GUUUGACGCUUCGGGGUUGGCGGUAAUACCGGGAGAGAACGACGGAGCGGAGAGUCAUUCAGGGUUAAAAUAUUCCGCCUUGGGGGGUGGGGGAGGACAUACUUCACUGCCAACCCAGUGACAAGGUUGGGUCUGCGGUGCCUGCAACCCAGGAAAACAUGGAGCUCGAGAAUAUCGUGGCCAACACAGUCCUGUUGAAAGCAAGAGAAGGAGGUGGUGGAAACAGAAAAGGAAAGAGCAAGAAAUGGAAACAGAUGCUUCAGUUCCCCCACAUCAGCCUGUGUGAGGAGCUCCGGCAAACUACAGAGAAAUACUACAACAGCCUUUGUGAGCGGCAGCCAAUCGGACGCAUGCUCUUUCGCCAGUUCUGUGAAACCCGGGUUGAGCUGAGGCGCUGUGUCAAAUUCCUGGACACUGUGGCAGAGUAUGAGGUCAGUCCAGAUGAGAAGAGGAGGGAGUGUGCUCAGGAGCUCCUAGACAAAUACUUCAGCCCAAAGUCCGAGGAUCAUGUCCCCGAGUUGGGGGAGGAAAUGAUGGGUCAGUUUACAGAGAGACUGGAGCAGGAGCAGGAGCCCUGUAAAGAACUCUUCAACGAGUGCACCAAACUGAUCCAUGACUACCUGAGUGUGGCUCCCUUCGCAGACUACCUCGACAGCAUGUACUAUAACCGAUUCCUUCAGUGGAAGUGGCUGGAGAGGCAGCCAGUCACCAAGAACACAUUCCGACAGUACAGGGUAUUAGGAAAGGGAGGCUUUGGUGAGGUGUGUGCGUGCCAGGUGCGAGCCACAGGAAAGAUGUAUGCGUGUAAGAAGUUGGAGAAGAAGAGGAUUAAGAAGAGGAAAGGAGAGUCCAUGGCCUUGAACGAGAAGCAGAUUUUAGAGAAAGUCAACAGUAGGUUUGUAGUGAGUCUAGCGUACGCCUAUGAGACGAAGGAUGCUCUGUGUCUGGUGCUCACCCUGAUGAACGGAGGAGACCUCAAGUUCCACAUCUACCACAUGGGAGACGCCGGCUUCGAGGAGAAGAGGGCUGUGUUCUACUCUGCCGAGCUGGCCUGUGGCCUUGAGGACCUGCACAGAGAGAGGAUCGUAUACAGGGACCUGAAGCCUGAGAACAUACUAUUGGACGACCAUGGCCAUAUCCGGAUAUCAGACCUGGGCUUGGCUGUCCACGUGCCCGAGGGAGAGACCAUCAAGGGUCGGGUUGGCACCGUUGGGUACAUGGCUCCGGAGGUGGUUAAAAAUGAGCGCUACACAUUCAGCCCAGACUGGUGGGCGCUGGGCUGUCUGCUGUAUGAGAUGAUCGAGGGCCAGUCUCCCUUCCAGCAGCGCAAGAAGAAGAUUAAACGUGAGGACGUGGAGAGGCUGGUCAGAGACGUGGAGGAGGAGUACUCAGACAAGUUCUCAGAGGACACCAAGUCCCUCUGCAAAAUGCUGCUGGCCAAAGAGCCCAGUGAGAGGCUGGGCUGCCAGGGGGAGGGUGCUACGGAGGUGAAGGCCCACCACAUCUUCCGAUCCAUCAACUUUAAAAGGCUGAAGGCUGGCAGGCUGAAGGCCCCCUUCACCCCUGAUCCCCAGGCCAUUUACUGUAAGGACGUACUGGACAUCGAGCAGUUCUCCACGGUCAAGGGGGUGGAGUUGGAGCCCAAAGAUGACUCCUUCUACUGUAAAGUGUCCACAGGCAGCGUGUCCAUCCCCUGGCAGAUGGAGAUGAUCGAGUCUGAGUGCUUUCAGGAGCUCAAUGUGUUUCACACAGACGGGACAGUUCCCCCAGACCUGGACUGGAGAGGACAGCCCUCGCCACCACCUAAACAAGGGCUGCUGCAGAGGCUCUUUGGGAGACAGGACUGUUGUGGGAACUGCAGCGACAGUGACGAGGAGCCCACCAGGCUGUGACUGAGCUCCCUCCAACCAAUCACACCAAGGAUCUCAUUUGUUUACAAAUUUUGCACAUUUGUAUCUUUAAGAUAGUUCUAUAUAAAUAUUGGAAUGUAUAUUUUCAGUAUAUAGCCAUAAAGUCCAUGUCAUUUAAAUGUGAUCAUUAUUCAGAACCCAUCAUAGGAGGCAACAACAGGUAAGCCUAAAACUGCUGUGGUCACCCCCCCCCCCCCAAAUCUGUUGAUAGUGUAGCUUUUCUUUCUCUUUUAAAAAAGUGUCGACCGUGCUCGGACUGCUAAGUGUUUCUGAAUGGGGGAUGAAUGAAAAGUGUACGUCCACAACUAUUUUUAUAUUUAUAUUUUAUUUGUAUUUACGUCAUGUAAUUCUAGGCAAUCAAAUUAGGAAUGUUGUGUGAACUGUAGGCUUAAAGGAAAUGGGAGACGAAGGUGAACUUUUGGUAUGAGGUGAUACAUUAUGUACAUUCUAGGGUUCAAUCUAGAGACACUUGAUAUAAACCAAAUGGAUAGGACUAAACACUGCAUAUGUAAGUCCAAACAAGUGUAUAAUUUGUGACACUCGCGUCCGAAGUGUGUCUUCCAAUGAAUCUGAGUUUAGGUAGAAAGCAUGUUAGUUCCCAACCAUAUUAUGAGCUAGAGAAGUGAAUUAACAAACAAAAAAAACUGCAUUGUAAUACAGUAAUUCAGUUGUAAGAAAUGACCAUUUUCGUAAGACGUGGAUAGCCGAGAAUGGCCUGGAGUUUCCUCUACCAUGACAUCCUCUAGAUGGCUACACGUUUGUCACGGAGCACUUGAGUUUAAUUAAGCGAUGCACUUAUGACCAAACCGGUUUGUUUUCAUCCUCCAAAUAUUUUUUAUGGUUAAUUCCUUCCCAUUCAAGGUUCCUUUGAUAGUUUAUGGUACUCUAUAAUUACAAUAUUUUAUCAAAUCUAACAAAGCUGCCUGUCUAGGUUGAGACCAUGCUGCGUCUCUCUCUCCCUCCCUCUGCUGUACCUCAUGUGUUCCUCUGCAUCGUGUAACUCAGUGGGAUUCUCCUUGUAAAUGUGGGACUAUAAUUGGACUGAGGGACUGAGCUCCCUGACAGACUAUGGGACUAUGGUAUCACCCUCUGAACCCUCCUUACCAGAGACUCUAUCAGACUGAGGAAGAAGGUUCAAAGGGGAGGGGUCACCGAGAGGUCAAACCAUCUCAAUGUAAAGCUCAGCACUCCGACGGAAAUUGGAAGAGACUCAAACUCCUCCUACCAUCCCCGUCUCUCAUUAUCAAAUCAUGUUAUCGUAUGUGAUUCUCAAAUUAACUUGCCUACAUUCCAGUCUAUACCGUACUGUACAGUGUAAAGUUAUGCUACUUUUGUUUAUUUUGCAAUGUUUUUUUUACCGGUGUAAAGUUACAACAACAAUAACAGUUCCACCAUGAAACUAGAAUAGGACUGAAAGUAAGAUGAGUAUGAUUUCUCUUGACAAUGUGCUCCUGAGCCAAGCUUACACACUGAGAGGGAGGGGCUUCUGUCUGUCUGUCUCUGCAUCCAUGAAACACCUCUGACACUUUCUUUUUGCAAUGCACUGACGUUUUUUGUGUGUGCACGCAUGUGUCACCAUAACCACUAGACUCUGUACCCACUUGGCACAAACUGGUUAAGUCAACGUAUUGUGACGUGGAAAAUACAUUGGAUUUGAAAAAAGUAAUCAACUGUUGUAAUUUCAACCACAGGAAUAUAUCAUAACCAAUUUUCUAAAUAUGUUGAAUUUAUACCUUUGAAACAACAUCAGAUCUUCAACGUAAUAUCUGUAGGGGGGGGGGGGGGUGUUCUACUAAGCUAACAUAUGGAAUUGUUUUAAGUUCGCUAAAUGAUCCAUCAUUUGACUAUUUGAUUUGGAAUUUUAGGACCCCUGUAGGUAUCCCCCCUUGAUUUUGGCCUUCACCACUAUAGCGCAUUGAGUAACGCAUUCAUACGUGGGAAAACAGGAAUAAGGAAUAAGGUUUUGAUGUGUCUGUCCUAUUUAUAGGAGAUAUAAGAAAGCUCAGGAAAUAUUUUUGUUUUUUGAACACACAUUUAACCCCUAUUAUUGUUGGCACAAAACUACCUCCAACCUUCCGUUCACUUUUUUAAACUGGUACUGGGUUACAUUCAGACCGGUCCCGUGACACUUGUGGGGAUCAUAGAGCAAAACCAGUGUGUUCUUUAGUUUCAUCUUUCCAUAGAGUUGUUAUAUUCGUUAGUAAGCCAAACCGUUCAGACGUUUUUGUAAGAAGACAGAUUUUUGAGAUGUGUCCUGGUCUGACAAACAACACCGUCGCUCUGCCAUUUUCUACUGCAGAGCGGGAGGCAGACAUAGGCGGAUAGAGAUGCAAAAAAACAGAAACUGAUGGAUUUUUGUUUGUUAAUUAGAUUGACGCACUUAAGGAUUUUUUCUACCAAGCCCUGCUAAACUUUGAUAUUUGUCAUCAAUUGUUACUAAUGUGCUAUUGUGAGAAUGAUUGUUGAUAUAUUCACCGUUGUUAUCAAAGUCAAGGUAGGUUUAACAGAGCAAAUGAAAUAUGACCAUAUAUCAUCAAUGAUGAUAUUUAGGCCUAUAUAGCGUUUCUAAAGUCAUCAACCGCUAUUGUUUCAAUUCAACACAUGAUUCAAGCUUUGGUUGAUUUCAAAUGGAAUCUACAAGUUAGUAAAAUAUAAAGUUGGAUUCAUGUCUCCAUCUCAACCAAAAAUGUAAGUUAAACAAUGACUAAAUUAAAUCAAACUGUAUUUAAAGUGCAUUUAAUGUUUCCUCUGAUUUAGCCCUAUUAAUUCAAAUUGUAAGUAUACAUUUGUAGACAAACUGGAAUUAAAGCCAGAUAGUGGCACGGAUGAAACUAUCUAAGGACAAAUCUCAUUCAUGUCUAUUUUUGGUUGCUUUGACAACCAAGCACAAUUAAAUAUUUUUGAAAUACAGUAAAUAUCCUAUUAACUUGUCGAUCUGUUAACAAAGUAAUUGUGUGAUUCAGGUCUCCAUGUCAACAGAAAAUAGAAGUUAGAGAAUAGAUUUAAGCCAGUGGCUCCGAUAUAGAACUAUACAAGCAGCAGAUAUUUCCUUUAAAUGUUUAGUUGUUUGCAUUGUCGACCAAACAAUUCUAUUUCUUUUGUAAUAGAGUAAAUAGAUUAAAGUUAAGGCUCUUACAAACUAAUGUAACACUAUUUAUUCAACUUUAAAAUGAGUAUCACAUCCCUGGCCACAUUUUGAGGUUACUGUAACAACAAAUGUCUUAUGUAAUCAUAAAAAGUGUGCAUGUUCAAGAUAGCAUGCAAAUGUCGUAGGUCUGUGGAGAUUUUCUUGCCUGGCUACCCAAACCCUUUGCUCCAGCCAAACGCUACGCCAUGCCCACAAACGUUAGUUUAUUUCAAUGAGAGUGGACCUGAGUACCUCCCUGACGAUUUCUAGAAUUCUCAACGUUGAGCAAAGUGGGUACCCACGUAGGCAAGAACUGGUUAAAUCAAUGUUGUUUCCGCUUGAUGUUGAAUUAACGUGGAAAACUGAGUGGAUUUUUCACCCAACUUUUAUUCUAAAUCCAAUGACAUGGUGAGAUUUUGUGUGGAAUUCACAUUAGUUGACAACUCAACCAAAUGUAACUCAAAACUAGAUGUUGAACUGAUGUUUGUGCCCAGUGGGUAAGGUACUGCUCAUGAGUGAACAUGCUACUGUACUAAAGGGAGUUCUCUGAACGUUCUCUGAAUGUCAGGAGGUUGUCUAAAUCUCAGUUAGUUUCCCAAGCCCAACAGGAGAGCACUAAGCAACAGGUUUUGGCAGUGGGGAUGAGAACAGAUACUUAAUUUUUACCUCAGUAAAGAAUGACGUAGUUAAUACAGUAGAGUACCAACAAUUAAAGCACUGAAAAGGAUGAAUAUAACAUAAGUCAAAGUACAAUAUACACUACAUGGCCAUAAGUAUGUGGACACCCCUUCAAAUUAGUUGAUUCGGCUAUUUCAACAACACCCAAUGCUGACAAGUGUAUAAAAUCGAGCACACGGCCAUGCAAUCUCCAUAAAUAAACAUUGGCUUUAGAAUGGCCCAUACUACUGAGAGCUCAGUGAAAUUGCCGGGCACCGUCAUAGGAUGUUACCUUUCCAACUAGUCAGUGAGGACAUUUUUCUGCCCUGCUAGAGCUGCCCCGGUCAACUGUAAGUGCUGUUAUUGUGGAAAGCCGCGAAGUGGUAGGCCACACAAGCUCACAGAAUGGGACCACCAAGUGCUGGAGCUCACAGCGCGUAAAAAUCAUCUGUCCUCGGUUGCAACGCUCACUACUCAGUUCCAAACUGCCUCUGGAAGCAACGUCAGCACAAUAACUGUUUGUCGGGAGCUUCAUGAAAUGGGUUUCCAUCUGGCAGUCUGACGGACGAACCUGGGCUUGCCGGAUGCCAGGAGAACGCUACCUGCCCGAAUGCAUAGUGCCAACUGUAAAGUUUGGUGGAGGAAUAAUGGUCUGGGGCUGUUUUUCAUGGUUCGGGCUAGGCCCCCUAGUUCCAGUGAAGGGAAAUCUCAACGCUACAGCAUAUUCUACAUGAUUCUAUGCUUCCAACUUUGUGGUAACGGUUUGGGGAAGGCCCUUUCCUGUUUCAGCAUGACAAUGCCCCUGUGCAGAAAGCGAGGUCCAUAAAGAAAUGGUUUGUCAAGAUCGGUGUGGAAGAACUGACUGACUGGCCUGCACAGAGCCCUGACAUCAAACACCUUUGGACUGAAUUGGAACGCCGACUGCGAGCCGGGCCAAAUCAUUCAACAUCUUGUGGCUGAAGGGAAGCAAGUCUCCUCAGCAAUGUUCCAUCAUCUAGUGUAAAGCCUUCCCAGAAGAGUGUAGGCUGUUAUAGCUGCAAAGGGGGGGACCAACUCCAUAUUAAUUCCCAUGAUUUUGGAAUGAGAUGUUCGACGAGCAGGUGUCCACAUAUUCUUGGCCAUGUAAUGGAUGCGCACAAUAAUGGGUCAAAACUAAUGAAGCGCUUGUCUUGUAUUGAGUCAUGGUCUGAGCUGUUUCCUAUGUGAAAAGGCUAUUAUCUGCUAGCGCUGGAUAAUGAAGUCAGGGUCAUGUGUCACACACGUUACAGUACAUUGACUUUAAGGGUUCAGGGACGUUUGCUUACCCUUUUAAUAUUUAUCUGUUGCUUUUGUUAUUUUAUGUUGCGCUCUUAACUCUUGUUUUUAUAGCUUUUACUGUGAGUCUAAACUGUAACGCUAGGCUAUGCUAAUGCUAGGCAUUCAAAAUGGCCAUGUCCUUAUUAAGGUGCUUCCUUACAUUAUCUACCUGUACAUCCGCAUUUUAUUUCAGUAUUUAUUUUUUGGCCAUGUGCUUAAAGUUUUUACCUUACACUGUUGGUUUCAGUUCAAAUAUUCAGUUUUUUGUUGUUGCCAUACUCUUCACAUUUUGCCAACUAUGUUCAGACUGCACUAAGCCCUCACAAUUAGGAGGUACGCUUUGUUACAGUUCACGGGGAGAGAAUUGACAAGUGUAUGAGGUGAAAAAAAUGUAUCUGAAAUUAUAUUGUGUCCAAUGUCCAUUAUCCUUUUAAAUACCAUAUUAAACCAAGCACUAGUCUUCAUUGUCUGAUUAAUUGUAGCUGAAUCCAUGUCACAUUUGUUUCAACGUUGCAUUGUAAUGCAGCUCUGCUUUGGCGUUCCGUGUGAUAUCUCUCGGACCUCUGGAAGGUUGGAGACUUCAUUCAUGUAACCAUCUUCUGUUUCUCAAUUGCCUUCCCACCCUGUCCUCUGCUAGUCAUACUGUGUGUGUGUCUCUAGAGACCAUUAGAUCUGUUGUCCUACUGUGUUAACAUGCCAAAUGGAAGCUACCGAGAUGAUGAUUGAUGAAAGGAGUCGAUAAUGAUGAUAAUCAAAUAAAAACGUAUUGGUCGUGUACAGAGAUGUGAAAUGCUGAUGUUACUAGCUCCAAUAGUGCAGUAAAAUGUCUAGCAAAUACAAUACUAAUGGAAAAAGUAUAAAAAUAAAUGUCAGGACGAGUCCAAUUAACAAUCCAAAGUAGAUAGUGAGCAGUGUCAGAAUCCAGAAUAUAAAUAUGAAUAUGUGGUGUGUGUAUAGACAGUUUAUAAUUUUGAAAAUAAAAUGGUAUGUACAGUAUUAGGUAUAUUAGGAUGAGCUAUGUCGAGAAUAUAUUAUAUACAUAGUGAGUAAACAACAGUAUAUGAAUUGACCAGUGUUCAAUGUCUCUCUGUACAUGGUGCAUUAGUAUCACCAUGCAGAGUACCUGGCAGGUAGACGGCUAGUAAUGGCUGUUCAACAGUCUGAUGGUCUUGUGAUAGAAGCUGUUUCUCAUUGUCUCGGUCCUGGCUCUGAUGCACCUGUACCUUCUCUGUCUGCUAGAUGGUAGCAGAGUGAACAGACCGUGGCUCGUGUGGCUGAGGUCCCUAAUGAUCUUCUUGGCCUUCCUUUGACACCAAGUGCCAUAAAUGUCCUGGAGGUGAUGAUCAUGAGGAUAUGUAAAUGUGCCAUGUGCUUGCUACGCAUCACUAAUGUGUUUGUUUGAGCUCUUUUGGUUCUCUCGCUCUCCUCUGAAAUCAACUCAUACUGUCUGACUCUGACCCGUCUCCAUAGGUGCCUGUGAAACUUUAUUAGUCAUGGCUAGUCAAACUGGACCUCCAUGUAACAUGAGUUGGAAUAUAAUUGUUUUGCAUAAGUAUUUUACUUCAAUAAAACAUUUUCUGUAGCUUUG